CUGACUGACGUUACAGAACAGAAAAAAAGAAAACAAGCCAAAAGAAGAACUCAAUUUUAACUCGUCUUCGUCACUCAUUUGAGCGACGAAAGAAAAUUAUCGAUUUCAUUUUGAAAAGUGUUUUAUUUAGAAUGGCCGAAAAUAAAAAUGAUAACUAUCCUCAAUUGCCAACUGCUCCAAACGGUCAACAACAAUUCCAAUUAGAACCUAGUCCCUACCACAGACCUCCACCACCUACCUAUGAAGAAAGCCAACGAUGGAAUCCUCAACCCAUGUAUGCUCAACAAGGUGGUAAUUUCUAUCCAUCGAUGAGUGGAAAUCCCCCGCCAUAUGCAGGUAUCCAACAACCUAUGCAAUAUGGACAGCAACAACAACACGGAGUAUCAUGCUUUGCGCCAAAUCAACCUCAAUAUGCAUUUAACUACAAUACUCAGCAGCAAAUGCCCACAGGAGCACAAAUGUCCCCACAACAACAGAUUUCCAAUAGAAUGGCUUCGGUGAAUAUAAACCAAUAUCCGACUGUCACAUUUGAUGCUGGCGCACGUUUUACAGGACAAGGCCAAAUAAGUAUACCACCUCCACCUCCAGGCUGUGCCCCAACUCCCGAACAACUUGCCGCGCUACAAGGACAACCGGUGAUAUUAAAAAAGAAAAAGAAUUCGUUUUUCUAAAGGACUUCCAUAAUUCUAGUGGGUGUAUCUCGGCGCAAAUAAAUAUUUCUUUGUAUUUUGCCACAGAAGAAUCUUAUAAUCUCUUCUUGUUCUUCAUAUUCCAUGUGUUAUUGUUACAAAAAAAAAAAGAAAUUCAAUAAAUUAAAACUUAUCUUAUAAAAACAAA